CCGCACCUCGGUGGCAGUUACCAAAAAUACAUUUGCAUAGAAGUAUUCGUGCGCCUCGGAGGGCACGCACGCACACGCACCGCUCCCGCAGGCUCGGACCCGACUGACGGACGCGGGGAGCAGGAUUUCUCCGGGACUCUGCAUCGGGAGCAGCGCCCCCGCUUCAUGCCCAGGGCCCCCUCCGCGGGACAAGGAGCCGCGGGCGGCCGCCGGCCCGGACCGCUGCAGCCCCGGGAGCCCGAGCGCGGGGGCGGCCGCCGGUUGGCCGUGCGGAGCCCCGGAGCGGGUUGUCCACACCCAAGUCAGAGCCGGAGACUGAGAGGACUGGUGCCAGAUCCUGGAGCGGCCCACGCUGGUGCCAGGCAGGCAAUCCCGAAUGCUACACAAGUUGACUGGGUCUCCUAGCAACCUUCUUUAGGAAUCUUGCUGGUAUUGGAUUGGGAAACCGGACAGAAGGCCUGCAGUUGAUGUGUUUGCCUCGGGUGGACGUCGGAAGGUGAAGUCAGACGUUAGCAUGGGUCAGAAGGUCACUGGGGGAAUAAAGACUGUGGACAUGAGGGACCCUACGUACAGGCCCCUGAAACAGGAACUCCAGGGCCUGGAUUACUGUAAGCCCACACGGCUGGACCUGCUGCUGGACAUGCCCCCCGUGUCCUACGACGUCCAGCUGCUCCACUCCUGGAAUAACGAUGACCGCUCGCUCAACGUGUUUGUGAAGGAGGACGACAAACUUAUCUUUCACCGGCAUCCGGUGGCCCAGAGCACAGACGCCAUCAGGGGGAAAGUGGGGUACACGCGCGGGCUGCACGUGUGGCAGAUCACGUGGGCCAUGCGCCAGCGUGGCACGCACGCGGUCGUGGGGGUGGCCACGGCGGAUGCCCCCUUGCACUCCGUCGGGUACACCACCCUGGUGGGUAACAACCAUGAGUCCUGGGGCUGGGACCUGGGGCGGAACAGACUGUACCACGAUGGGAAGAACCAGCCGAGCAAAACCUACCCUGCCUUCCUAGAACCAGACGAGACUUUCAUUGUGCCAGAUUCUUUCCUGGUGGCCCUCGACAUGGACGAUGGCACGCUGAGCUUCAUCGUGGAUGGGCAGUACAUGGGCGUGGCCUUUCGGGGACUCAAAGGCAAAAAACUUUACCCAGUAGUAAGUGCUGUCUGGGGCCACUGUGAAAUACGAAUGCGUUACUUGAAUGGACUUGAUCCUGAACCACUGCCUCUGAUGGACCUCUGCCGCCGGUCUGUCCGCCUCGCCCUUGGGAAGGAGCGCCUGAGUGAGAUCCAUGCCCUGCCCCUGCCAGCAUCCCUUAAAGGCUACCUUCUCUACCAGUGAUGCACCAGCUCAAAGCCUGCAGCCAUCUGGGAGCAGGAAUCAGGAAAUCCAACUGUGCGAACCCACUGAGCCGCCACUGGGGUCCACAGCCCCUCUCUACCCUGCCCACGCCCUACCAGACUCCCUUCUUCCUUCAUCUGGCUGUUCCGACCUCACGAGCCAAGAUUUCCUCAUCUUUUCUUGCACCCCAGUCUUCCGCCAGAUAAAGACAGACCCUAAAAGCAGGCUCAUCUAGUCCUCAUCCUUCGGAAAUGGCCUCUUGGAGUAUGGGCGGACGAGUGUCCUUGGUGUAUUUGGAUUUCAUUUUCCCUUCUUAAAAAAGAGACUUUUUUUCUACAGAAGUAAUAAGGUGUGUCUCGGUCAGCUCCAGAGGUGGCAGUAUGGCGCCCGUGGCUUCUGCCCCAACAGGACAAGACGUCGUCUCCAGAGGAUUCCAGGGCUCCACGAUGGCCAGUUGGGGCAAAGAAGCCAUCCUGGCAAUAAGGAGGCCAGGAAGGGUGCUUGGAAAUUGACCGAUGGCUUCCCUUGGGUGGCGAGCGUGGAAGCCCGUGGGUCGCUCCUGCGCAGGAAAUGCUGCCACUACUAAAGCUGACAAUGCCAAAAACUCAUUCUGGACACUUAAAAAAAGAAAGCCAGAAAGAAAAGAGUGUGGGACCCUGGAAAAAGGCCGGAAAGCAACUAGUGUCAUUCCCUAAGACGUCGUCUCACCCUGUACUCUGUAUUUAUUCUUUCACCAACAAAAAUCAAUUUAUUUAUUCCACAUAGAAGGAAAACAUAGCCCUUUCUCUCCAAUGUGUGUCUUGUUGCUCUCCCCCACCUUCCGCCCCCCGCCAUGCGCUGUCUCACUUGUCCUUGGCCAAGCGGCCUAGGUAUGAGGGCUUCUUUGGUGGGUGGUUUUUGUUAUCUUGGCCUGUAACUCCAAGGGGAGGUUCGGGCUGGGCCAGAAGCUUGCCGGGACAGCUCCUUCCUCUGGCUACAGUUUUCACGUGCAAUAGUGAUGCCUUCCAUGGUCCUCCGUAGCAGCUCUUAACAGCCUGCCAGCCUCUUUCUCCAUCACCUCUUACCUCUUGGCCGGACCACCUUGCCCAGAAUAAUUAGACAUGCUGUCGUGACGGGUUUUUGUCCUCACGUUGUUUAAGCAUCUCAGCUAGGCUGCCAUCAUCAUCGUCCUCCCCAGCUUUGGGAAUCUGAGAAAAAGUACAUUUUUUGGUACUUUCUCCAUUGGGAAAAAAGAGAGAGAGAGAGAGAGAAGAGGAAGGGAGGGAGGGCAGGCAGGCAAUGGUCUGAUUCUUUGCCAUCAUCCCCCCAAGCCAGAAUGGAGUGUCUGGAAGAUUGGUCCUGCCUCAGAGAGCAGACCCAACAUCUAAGCUUCCCUGGUCACUUAGAGCCCUGCCUUCCUGGCAGUUCCUCCACGGUGCAGGCCAAGAUGCGGUGCCCCCCCCUCCAUCCCCACCCCUUUAUUUUGCACAUUUUAUUAACUUUGAAAUCAGUUUUGGAAUCCAACUUUUGGUUCAGUUCUGUACAGGUACAAUAGAUGACUUUAUUUGUUUAAAAUGUUUAAUAUAUAUAUAUAUAUGUCUAUGUAAGAGAUGUUUUGAACAGCUGCUGUUGGAUACCUUUUUUUAAAAAAAAAAUUCUACUUGGAGAGUCUAUUUUUAAAAGCAUAGAAUUGGUGCCAAGCCCGAGUGGGGAGUCAAAAUCGCCUCCCCCCAAACCGUUACUGUUUGUUGCUGUUGCUAUUUUUUUAAAGAAGAGAAAAACACACACAUACACACACACACCCCUUUUCAGAUGAUAGGUCUUUUCCUCAUUUCUGUUCCAGGGUGGGACACACUCGAGAGAGAAUUCACCAUAGAGUCCAUCAUUGGAUGCCUGGCCCCGAUUGUCUUCCACCAAUGCUGGAAAUGUUGCAAUGUCACUCUCUUCCCCCCCCCCCCCCCCCGCCCCUCUCGUUUCAGGUUCAGCCCCUUCCCCCUGUAUCGCCUUCCCAGUACAUAAUUGCUUUGUUCGGUUUUAAAACUCCUUUCUAUUUUAUGGCUGUAGAGAAUACUCAGUAACCUAAUAAAAAAUGUUUAUUAAAUUUGAA